CACAAAUUAUAAAAUCUAGUUUUAUGAGUUUUGAACCAUAUCAAGAAACUAAAAAAACAGUAAAAGUUGCUCCAAUAAGAAUUGUGUAAAAUUAGCAUGAAUAAAGUGGAUCUUAAAACUAAACAACUAAAUAUCCAUAACUUAAUUUAUAAUUCUAAUUUUAAAAAAGUUUCACCCCAGCUGUUACAAUACCUUUAAGUUUUUUAUAGUAGCUUAUUUAAUAAGCUUAAUCUAAUAAGAUUUUGAAUUAAAUAGGGGAAUCUAAAAUGGUUAAUCAAGAACAGUCAUAGGCUGUAAAUAAUCUAAUAACUUAAAUUUAAUAUUAAAAACAAGGAACUCAAAAGCCUUAAGAUAAUAAUGAAGACUUUUUAAUAAAGUCAUAUUUAAUUAAGAGUCAAAUGAAAUUUAUUACUGAAGAUACAACUUCAAUAGAAAAAGUAAAACUUUAUUUUACUGACAAUCAAAACUUAUUACCUCAUUUUUGGGCAUGGAUCAAUUCUAUUGAAGUUAAAGCAUUAGAAGAAAUGCUUAUGCUAUGUUAUAUUAAUUAAUCCAGUACUCAAAGAAUUUAGGAUAUUUUUAAAUCUCUUUUUAAACUUUUAUCAAUCGAAUUUUUUUAGAAACAUGCAUAUGCAUAAAUUUUGAGAUCAAAUCUACAAGAGAAAAUUAAAUAUCUAUCUGAAAUAGGUGAUAUUUUAAAUAAAAUAGUUAAGCCUUAAGAUUAUUUCUAUUUUAAUAAGUCGUGA